UUAGAUUUUCAGUAGUCACUAAUACACUUAGAAAGCAUUACAAUGGUCAUAUAUUUUACUGUAGGGUUGCUAUUUGCAUACUUUGCUUUGCCUGGAAUCAUACUCGGGGAUUUGGCUUUCCGAUGCCCAAGCUGUACCGCCGAGCGCCUAGCUGCUUGUCCCAAAGUCACAACAGCAUGUACAGAAAUAGUGAGGGAGCCAGGCUGCGGCUGCUGUCCGCUGUGCGCCAGGCUGGAGGGGGAGCUUUGCGGGGUCUAUACCCCGAGGUGCUCCAGCGGACUGAGGUGCUACCCGAGCACGGGUUCUGAAUUACCUUUGCAACAGCUCAUUCAGGGUUUAGGAAGAUGUGGACAAAAAGUGGACUUGGAUGUCCCGACAAGUCUGGACAACCAGGCUACAAAUGAGGUGCACGGGACUGAGAAUCCGCUCACGAGGAGACCUUUGGGAGAUGCUUGGUUGUGGCUGGAGUCGGCCAAAAAGGUGCACGUGAUGAAGACAAGCACCAAGAUGAGGAUGAAUCAACUGGAGGACCCUCGGACACAGAGGGUUCUACAGAGUGCCUGUCAGCAGGAGCUGGACAAGGUCUUAGAGGAGAUCUCCAAAAUGACCUCAGAGGAUAACAGGGGCCCGCUGGAGAAUCUGUACGGGCUCAAAUUUCCAAACUGUGACAGACAUGGACGGUACAACCUCAAACAGUGCAACAUGUCCACCCACGGCCAGCGGGGCGAGUGCUGGUGCGUUAACCCAUUGACCGGGGUCCAGAUUCCAGCAACGCCGAAAGUCAGAGGGGAUCCCAACUGUAACCAGUUUCAGGAGGAGCUCAGAGCGAUGCCCACCGCAGUAGCCUCUCUCUAGCGCAGUUCAGCACUUCCUACAACGGGGUCUUCAAAAUUCCAAUUCUGAGAGGAUUCCUUCAUAAAUAGUUAUUCUUUCAACAUGUGAAGAAGUUGCUAUAGUUGAAGGUUUUGUCACUUUUUCAAACUUAUACCCAGUUUAAGGUUAAAGUACAAACUGAACUAACUAUAUGAUCAUUUUACACUUUGUCAUCGACUCUCAUUAAGACCCAGGCUUUCAUUUGUAUUCAAAGGACUUAUUUACCAUUGUAGUAACUGUUGUGAUUUUGUAUUAAGGGUGACGUUGGGCCUCAUGCAGCAACAUCCUCUUAGAUGCCUCUUACAUUUUCUCUUAAUUUUCUAGAAAAAAUAUAAGAGAGGUCAACUUCAGAUGCACCAAAUGUUCUCAACCAUCCAAAUAGGAUCUUACCCAGGAUGUGCUCAAUGGUGAAUCCCACUUGAUCAUAAGUCACCUAUUAGCAAAGUAAAUGUGAUUUCAGAGAAAUGCAUUGAAGUAUUAAAAG